CCCGAUUGAGAAGAUUAUGAAAACAUGAUUACGCAACCGAAAUUGGCGAAAAUCACUAGGCCUUACAGAAAGACAUAAAUUGUGGUAAAGUAAACAAAGAUGAAGUUACUAUUUCUACCGAAGAGAUUCAUCCCAAUGGGGACAAACAGAAUGUUUCACUUUUCACAGAGGAUACAGUCAAAGGUACUCUAUGAUGGCGAUUGUCCCAUAUGUAUGGUAGAAAUUAAUUUACUUAAAAGAUAUUUAAACAAACAAGGAAAAGUGGAAUUUGUGGACAUCACAAAAGACAGUUUUAAGCCAGAGGAUCAUUUAGGGAUAACAUACAAGGAAGCUAUGGGCAACAUGCAUGUCAUUGGGGACGACAACAAGGUGUACAAGAAGAUGGAUGCAAUCAGAGAAAUGUACAGGGGUGUUGGAUUUGGAGCUUUUGCCACAUUCACAGAAUUGCCAGUGAUUCGCCCUAUAACAGACAAAAUGUAUGAAAUUUUUGCUGCUAAUCGCUUUAGACUAACAGGCAGAAAAGAUGAUUGUAACUGCCAAAAAAGGUAGCAUUUAUGUUUAACUUUAAUGUUCAAUUAAAUUUAGAUUUUAUUUGGAAUGGCAUUGAUGUCUUGAAUUUAUUUUGAAAUUUGUAGACACAUUUUACAAAAGACAGUAUUCUCUAUAACAUUUGAUAUUUCCACAAACGGCUUUGUGUUAUUUGUACUUUUUAUUUUUUGUUUUUUUUUUAUUAAAUGUUAGAAAUAAAUUUGACAUAAGAAAUUCUUA